GGGUCUUUGUUGAAUUAAAUGCACUCGGAUCUGGCCGGAACGUGAUGAAAAGUAAGUGGGCGGAGUUGCCCUCAAACGCGUCAUUACGGUAGUACAUCCCUCGCUAGCUUAGCGGGUGAGAGAGCCACCAUGUUCCCCUCGAUUUCGGCUCAAAAACACCCUUCGCUGAUAUGUUAUCUCCUCCUAACCGUGUGCCUCGCGUCCUUGCCGGCUACCGGGGCCAAGAAGGACAGCCUCCGGGAAGUCACCGACGGCAACUGGGAGGACAUCUUGACCGGAGAGUGGAUGAUUGAAUUCUACGCGCCAUGGUGUCCGGCCUGCCAGCAGCUACAACCGGUGUGGAAUGAGUUUGCUGAGUGGGGGGAGGACAUGGGCGUCAACAUAGCCAAGGUGGAUGUGACGGAGCAACCAGGUCUUAGCGGGAGAUUCAUCAUUACGUCACUUCCGACCAUUUACCAUUGCAAGGACGGUGUCUUCCGCAAGUACCAGGGCGCACGCACCAAAGACGAGUUCCUCAGCUUCGUGGACGAGAAGAAGUGGAUUGCGGUGGAGCCGGUCUCAUCUUGGUUCGCGCCCUCGUCUUUUCUAAUGAACUCCAUGUCUGCUCUCUUCAAGCUCUCCAUGUUCAUCCGGCGUUGCCAUAACUACAUGACAGAGCAACUGGGCAUUCCCGUGUGGGGCUCGUACGUCAUCUUCGGCCUGGCCACGCUCUUCUCCGGACUCGCUCUCGGACUGCUGCUGGUGUUCAUCGCUGACUUUGUCUUCCCGUCACGGCGAUUGUCCUCACCAGACUACUACCAGAAGAAACAAACGGCGGACCAGGUCCGGCUCCUCCAACAGCAGCAGGAGGAGGAGGAGCACGAGGCAGAUGGCGAAGAGGACGACGACGAAGAGGAGGAGGAAGACGACGAGGCGUGGAGGACGCGGCAACCCCGCAGGGCCUCCCCCGAGGGCCGGCACGAGCCCAAAGGACAGGCUGUGAGGAAGAGGGUGGUGGCCAGACGCAAAGAGGAGGAUGAGGAGGAGGAUGAGGAGGAGGAGGAAGAAGACACCUAGAGAGAUGGGAUGGAGCGUCACAUCAUCUCUUGUUGAGUGGGAGGAACCUCCCACUUCUAACCACGUUUACAACGCGCCUGUCUUCCUCUUCCUCUUUGGGCCCCAUGGCGGCUUCACCUGGGAACAAAACUUGAGAGUUGGGAGGUUUGUGGAGCUGUUGCGAGUUUGCGGUGUACUUUUUUCAGCUAUGCAUUUAGUUUUUUAUUUUAUUUUAUUUUAUUUUUUUAAUGUUUCAUUUUGUGUACGUAAACGUCAUAUGUCCCUGUAAUAGUGUUUAAUGGCCCAUAAGUGCAAUGCUCCCCCCCCCCCCUUCCCAUCCCUGGUUAGGGUUGCAAAAUUCUGGGAAUUUUUUUAAAGUUGAAAGGUUUUCAUGGAAAGUAUAGGAAAUUUAUGAAAAUAAAGGGGAAGAAAAUUUAUUUUUUAGCGACGCGAGGCGCUAGCCACCACCCAGCUCGAGAGCUAACGGACUUGGGCCUAGUAGUAAUAACUAACUUGCAGUUGCGCCACAUAUCCACUGAUGCAAAUGAUGGCGCUACAGUGGAAAUGAUCUGGAUAUUUAACAGCAAUUUUCCACCCCUUUGCAACCUUAGCUGAUGCACAUUUUAUUUUACAAUAAUCUCACAGCACACCAUCAGACAAAAAUGUCACAAACAGUAUAUACAAGUUCAUCUCAAUAAAUUAGAAUAGUGUCAAAAUCAUUUUGGUAGUUCACUUCCAAAAGUGAAACUCAUUAUAUAGAGAGACAGACACACUCGAGUGAAAUAUUUCAUGUUUUUUUUUAACUCCAUAAUUUUAAUGAUUAUAUCUUACAGCAAAUGAAAAGCCAACAUUCACCAUCUCUAGAAACCAGAAUAUUAUGUAUAUAAAAAAAAAAACCUGAAAAUGAUUUUUUAAUGCACAAUUUUAAAAAGUAUUUUCCCAAGUGUUUAAUGAAUCUAUAUAAUGUAUGAGUACCGAAUAAAUGGAUUUUUCUACCA